AAGAAGAAUAGCUUUUUCCCCUUCCCGGGUUAACAAAAGGUAAACAAACGCGAUUAUGACAUUGAAAUCUAUAAUAUAUAAUGUAAUUUCAUUGGGUUCACAUCACUUUCUGUGCAGCACACGUUAGUUCGUCAGCCACUAUGUGAAACACUUUGUACAACCCCGCUCUUAACAGUAAAUCCCCUCGAGCUCCGUGGCUGCAGAAGGAAAAGCGUAGAGAACACGAGGAUGGCUUUUCCAUGUGUGCGACUAUGCACUCGACAUAUGAGCACAGUCCUUCAAGUCUGUGGAUAUGCAACACUGAGUAAAGCGUCCAGACCCCAGGACAAAAGCAGCAGUGGUCCAGUUUUUCAGUAUGUCGGCCAGCACAAAAAGCCCAACCACAAAGUUUUUGUUUGGGGCUUCAGCUUCACCGGUGCUCUGGGUAUCCCCAGCUUUGUGGUGCCGGACAGCGGCAGGAAGAAGCCCCGAAAAUAUCAACUCACUCCUUACCGAUUGGAGACUGCAGAGCAGAUCUCUUCGGCUGCUUGUGGCUACGGUUUCACUCUCAUCGCCUCGCCGACCAAAGAUGUGAUCAAGUUGUGGGGCAUGGGCCUGAACAAGGACUCUCAGCUGGGCUUCCAACGCACGCAACACAGCCGCCAUCAGAGCUAUGACUACGUGUUGGAGCCUUCCCCGGUUGCUCUGCCUCUCGUUGAGCCUCUCCAGACCAAAGUGGUUCAGGUUGCAUGUGGCCGAGCUCACUCGCUGAUCCUCACAGACAAGGAGGGAGUUUUCAGUAUGGGCAACAAUGCAUAUGGCCAGUGUGGAAGACGGAUAGUUGAAGAUGAAGUUUACAGUGGCAGUCAUAUCAUUCACAAGAUGGAAGGCUUCAGCAGCAGGGUCACCCAGGUUGCAUGUGGACAGGAUCAUAGCCUUUUCCUCACUGAGACGGGAAAAGUGUUUGCAUGUGGAUGGGGUGCAGAUGGACAGACGGGUCUGGGACACCACAGAGUCAGCUCCAGUCCAGUGGAGGUGGGAGGAGAUCUGGCCGGGGUGGAGGUGCAGCAGAUCAUCACGUACGGAGACUGCAGCCUGGCUGUGUCCACAGAUGGACAGCUGUACGGAUGGGGCAACUCUGAAUACCUGCAGCUGGCCUCAGUCACUGAGGCCACGCAGAUCAACUCUCCUCGACAUCUCCCUCUGAAAGGCUGCGGAAAGGUGGUCCAGGCAGCGUGUGGAGGCACGCAGGUGGCCAUUCUUAACGAAAAAGGAGAGGCGUUUGUGUGGGGCUAUGGCAUUCUUGGAAAGGGCCCAAAACUAUCUGAAUCCUCGACCCCGGAGAUGAUUCCCCCCACGCUGUUUGGACGCUCAGAGUUUAACCCCUCGGUAGCCGUCACCAAGAUCAGGUGUGGCCUCAACCAUUUUGCUGCGGUGACAGAUCGAGGCGAGCUCUUCGUUUGGGGGAAGAAUGUGAGAGGUUGUUUGGGCAUCGGGAAGAGAGACGACCAGUACUUCCCGUGGAGGGUGACUGUGCCUGGUCAAGUAGUGGAUGUAGCGUGUGGCGUUGACCACAUGGUGGCGCUGGUGAAGUCCCUGCUGUGAGCUUCUGUGUUCCUGCAGCAGUAGAUGAAAGGCUGGAUGUUUGGCCGAGCCUCCCGCUGACCCUCGGGCGCCUCGGGAAGCCCACUGGGGGCUGCGCUGGAGUCUUGAAGCCAGCUGCUCUCCACAGGCAACGCGCACCCUUGUGUCCCUCCGCCCGGUGGUGACGUCAAGCCGAGUACAGAGCGCUUGGUUCUGCAGAAAACUGUCACUGAAGCAGCUCACUUAACUCUGCAUGCGGGUCAUCUGGGAAAUCCAUCAAAGGAUAGAUUUUGUUUUCUUACAACUAGAGCUGAAACGAUUAAUUGAUUACGCCAAGCAAAACAGUGAAAAAAUGUGAGUAAAUCUCUGGGUGCUGCAUCUCAAAUGUGAGUUUUUUUUUUUGCUGCUUUUCUGUGAUUUAUGUUCCGCUAAUUAAAAACUGAAUGUUUUCGGUUUGAUCAAACAAAACAAGACGCAGUUGCAGCUCUAAUUACAACUUUGUUUUGGCCAUCAUUUCUAUAGUAAUGAAUUACUUUAGCGUGUACCAUGUAACAUAACUGAUUGAAAUGAUAGCCAGAACUAAGAAAAUAAGACCCAGGGUUUUAUAAACCGUAGGUUUUCUACAAGAAAUCAGUCAGUGUAUAGGUGGGUAAAACUGUAAAAUGUCAUGUUUUCUUUUGCCACUAAACAAGAAAAUGGCUGAGAGAAAAAAAUGGGCAGCAAUCUGGGUUCCAAUUGGCUAUUAGUCUGGUGACGAUUUAGCCUCUAGGGGCAACAGACACUAUUUUGGGUGUUCUGUUGUAACCAGCGGGUAUUCGGGCCAAGACUUCCUAUUCCGUGCAACGGCAUUGUUUACAGUCAGAGUCAAUACUUUUUGUAGGGGUUUUAGGUCCAGACAAUAUUUCAGCUAAAGGGAUACAUAUGACUUCCGAUACAUAAAUAAAAAAUUAAUAAAACCAUUUACCUGCAUAUGCAGAUAUCUGUUUAUAGGGAUUAUGUGGGCAGUGGAUAAAGUGAUUUGACUCUUACAGUUUUGGGAUGAUCUCAAACUAUAUGUUAUGGCACUCUGCAGGCCAGUGAAGUGUUUGUGACAUAUUAUACCAUUUGUAAAAGCGAGAAACAGCUAAACAAUCUACAACAAAAGAUUAUCUCGCUGCUAAGUGCAAAUGGAGGUGAGGGUAGGGAAUCAAUCUCAAAACGUAAACACGUGGGUCAUUAGUGCAUGCGGGCAUGUUGUGCAUAUAGUGUUUUAUGUCACGUGUCGUUCUCCCAGUCUGUAUUUGAGGAUAAACCCACUUUUCCCCCAGUGUUGAGUGCCAUUAUCCUUCUGAGGACAAAAUACACACAGGCAAGUCCAAGCAAUGUUUGACAACAUUCCAUACACAAUUUAAUUAUAGACAUUUAUUUUCUAUUUUAUUCAUAUAUUACGCCACUUUUGUGAACCCAAGACUUUUGAAAACUCAUUUCAAGCACCAAAACAAUUGAGUGUAGGUGUGUUUUCACAAGAGAUUUGAGAAAUAUUUCCUCUUUAGGGCCAAAUUACCUCUUGCACAUUGCUUUGGAACAAUUUUGGGUUUUAUUAUGCAGAAAUCUGAGUUUGUUUUUGAUAUGAAACACAUGGGGAUCAGGUUAUAUGCAGAAAACUUAAAAGGAGAAUUGAAGAAGAUGCAUCUUAAAAUGCCCUCAGACCUCAGAGGGAUAAACACAUGUUGCAAAGUUGCAAUGGAGAAAAUGACUUAUUAUACUAUAUCAAAAUAAAUGUAUUUUUAUU